AUGGCUUGCUGCUUUAUGUUUGGAAAGAAAGCUAAACAAACCGUUGAAGGCGAUGAAGAUCUACACAGUGUCAAAGUUUUUUCUUACAACGACUUGAGAAUGGCUACACAAAAUUUCUGUGGCGCAAACAAGAUUGGCGAGGGUGGUUUCGGUUCUGUCUUCAGGGGAAUGCUUAAAGAUGGGACACUAGUAGCAGUGAAAGUUCUAUCUGCUACUUCAAGGCAAGGCAUCCGCGAGUUUUUGACUGAACUUACAGCAAUAUCUGAUAUCAAGCAUGAAAAUCUCGUCACUCUUAUCGGUUGCUGCGCUGAAGGCUCUCACAGAAUCCUUGUUUACAAUUACCUUGAGAACAACAGCCUUGCACAGACAUUGCUAGGAUCCAGAUACAGUAACAUUCGGUUCAAUUGGCGGGCUCGUGUCAAAAUUGCAGUUGGCGUUGCCCGUGGACUUGCAUUUCUCCAUGAGGAAAUCCGUCCUCCCAUUAUCCAUAGGGACAUAAAGGCAAGCAACAUUCUUCUUGACCAGGACCUCACCCCGAAAAUUUCCGAUUUUGGGUUGGCAAGGCUCCUACCGCCCAACGCGACGCAUGUGAGCACCCGAGUAGCAGGCACACUAGGAUACUUGGCUCCUGAAUACGCAAUCCGAGGUCAAGUGACAAAGAAGUCCGAUAUCUAUAGUUAUGGUGUUCUUCUUUUAGAAAUUGUUAGUGGGAGAUGCAACACCAACACAAGAUUACCUAGUGAAGAUCAAUUCCUCCUUGAGAGGACAUGGGUACUCUAUGAGGAAGGACGUUUAGAAGAGAUUGUAGAUAUCGACAUCAGCGACGACCUGGAUGUUGAGGAGGCAUGCCGGUUCUUGAAGAUUGGCCUGCUAUGCACACAAGAUGCAAUGGCGCGUCGUCCUAACAUGACCAAUGUCGUUCGGAUGCUCUCAGGGAAAAGAGAAUCAACAUAG